AGAGAAGUCAUGGCUGCCGUACCGAGCAGCAAACUUCUACACAAGUGUGUUGUAUCUCCGACGGGGAAACACUCUGCGUCGGUCAUCUUCUUACACGGCUCAGGAGACACUGGACAGGGAGUGCGAGCAUGGGUCAAAGAGGUUUCGGUACCAGACCUGGCUUUCCCCCACAUCAGAGUGGUAUAUCCCACAGCUCCAGCCAGGCCAUACACACCCAUGCGGGGGGCUCUGUCCAAUGUGUGGUUUGACCGCUACAAGAUCUCACAUGACUGUCUGGAGCACUUGGAGUCUAUAGACUCCAUGGCCAACUCCUUGGGAGCGGUUAUACAGGAGGAGAUCAGGGCAGGAGUACCAAAACACAGGAUGAUCAUAGGGGGUUUCUCUAUGGGCGGAGCUAUGGCCCUCCACCUAGCGUGCCGUUAUCACCCUGACGUAGCAGGAGUCUUUGCUCUGUCCAGCUUUCUCAACAAGGACUCUGUAGUAUAUCAGGCUGUGGAGGAGCGGGCAAGGGCGGGGAGCCCCCUCCCAGAGCUAUUCCAGGGCCAUGGGACAGGAGACGAGUUGGUGUUCCAUAAGUGGGGAGAAGAAACUACGGCCGUGCUGAAGAAGGCUGGGAUGACGACCACCUUCCACUCGUUCCCAGGCCUCCAGCACCAGCUCUCCCGGCCAGAGAUUGAGCUACUGCGCUCCUGGAUCCUCACCAAGCUGCUCCCGGACAGUCUAGAUGCCAGUGGGCAGUGACCAGUCAGCCCCACACCACUAAACAGACACAUUAACAACACGCUAUUAACACGUUAAUAACACGUUCACACUAUUGAGCUGGCCUGGUAAAGCAUUGCCCAUAGUUUCUGGAACAAAGCUGGAAAAUCGAGCCAGCACGGUUCAGGUCGGUACUAUAAUGUGAAAAGGAUAUUAAUGUGCUGAGUGGGCUGUGGACCACCUCACAACCUCUGUUGGUCACAAUACUGUUUAAAAAAUAAAUAAGUGUCAAU